AUGUAAAUUUAAAAGCGUUUGUACGUCAUUAUACUUAAAUAUAUUUAAAUUAAUUUGACAAAUUAAAACUCUACAAUCAAAAUUUAAAAAGUAAAAUACCUAAACAUGAUUCACAUUUUUAGAAGAAAUCAAUAAGCACUCAUUUAUUUGAAUAAAUAGAUUUCAAAGUUCUCUACUACCACUAAAACAAUAUCUAAAGACCCUGUUGUAUUUGAUUACUCUGAAAUUAGCAAUAAAAAUCUUGAUCUUAGUGAUAGAAUUAAAGAAGCAUAUGGCCCUCAAGGAGUAGGCUUAUGUCUUGUGAAAAACGUCCCAAAUUAUACUAAACUCAGAAGAGAUCUCUUACCUCUAGCUUACUAGUUGGCAACUUUACCUUAGAAUAAACUCUAAAAAUUAAUAAAGCCUGAGUAUUUUCACUGUGUCGGAUGGAGCCAUGGAGUAGAACAAUUCAAUGGUAAGUAUGACGUUUCAAAAGGUAGCUUCUAUGGCUUCCCUCUCGAUGAUAGACCAGUUAAAGAUCUUACCCCAUAACAAAAAGAACAAGGAGGUUUUAUUGUUGAAAAUGUUUGGCCUAAGGAAGAUCUCCCAUAAUUAGAAGGAGCUUUUAAGUCUUUUGGAACCUUAAUGAUCAGUACUGGAACUUUAUUGGCUUAUCAUAUUGAUAAAUAUGUAAAUGCUGUAGACUCGUCUUAUAAAAUUGGAACUUUAGAAAACGUAAUUGGUAAGGGCAAUGGACAUUUAGCUAGGCUUCUUCAUUACUUCCCCUCAAAUGAUGCAAAAACUGUGUCUGAUGACUGGUGUGGAUGGCAUAAUGAUCAUGGCGCUUUAACAGGUUUGGCAUCUGCUCUUUACAUAGAUAAAGAUGGUAAAGUCUUAGAUAACUUUUUUGAUGUAGAAGGAGGCCUCUAUGCAAAAAAUAGAUUUGCUGAGUAGUAGAGACUUAAAAUUCCUCAAGACUAUCUAGCUUUCUAAAUUGGAGAAACAGCUUAAAUAUUAUCCGGAGGUAUAGUAGAAGCAACUCCCCAUUGUGUAGUAAGAGGACCAAAGACCAUAGGAACUGGUAUCUCCAGAAAUACUUAUGCUUGCUUUAUGUAGCCAAAUUGGGACUAUGUUUUAACUCCUCCAAUGAAAAACAAAAUCUAAAUUAAGGCUGCCUAUGGAGUUCCACCCCUUGAUAAGCGAUGGAGCGAAGGCUUAAAUUUUGCUUAGUUUGGUCUCAAUACAUUAAAAGCAUAUUCUUGA